AUGAUGAUACCUAGAUACCAUGGGAAAGAACAUGGCUAUCUUAUUAUGAACCAUAGUUAUGAAGUAGACUGGCUCAUGGGUUGGCACUUCUGUGACGGUAUCAAAGUUUUAGGAAACUGUAAAGCCUAUGCGAAAAAAUCAAUACAGUAUUUACCACCUAUUGGUUGGAUAUGGAAAUUUUCGCAGAGCAGGGAGCAGCCGGGACAUCGACGCAAGAAUCUUCAUUCAAGAACCAAAGGAAUAGUCAAUAUAUAUGAACCAGCAACAUCAUGGGGAGCACAGAGUAGCCGGGCAAAAUCAUGGAGACCAGAGAGCAGUGGGGAAAACUAUAAUGAAGACCCAGGCAACCGGGGCAAUAGAUUAAUCCCUAAAGUGUGCAUU